GUAAUUUCAAUUUAUCUGUUAUUGUAAUAUUAUUAUUACUAUUAUUUUUUUUUUUUUUUUGGUUUUAAUAACAAUAAUAAAAAAUAAUAUUAAUUUAAUAGUUAUUUUUGUGACCUUGAACUUGAGAAUUUUACUUGAGAAAACUUGAGAAAAAUAAUAAACCAAGAAUAAUGACAAUCGAUUUAUAUUAUCUUUCUUUGAGUCCACCCUCACGUGCUGUUGUAUUACUUACUAAAGCGCUUGGCAUUCAUUUAAAUUUAAAAGUUAUUGACGUUUCCAAAGGUGAACAAUAUAAAUCGAAAUUUAUUAAGCUUAAUCCACAACACACAGUUCCGACCAUCGAUGACAAUGGAUUUAUUUUAACGGAAAGUCGAGCAAUAAUGGGGUAUCUUGUGGAUAAAUACGCUAAAAAUGAUUCUCUCUAUCCAAAAGAUCCUAAACAGAGAGGCAUAGUCGACGAGAGAUUGUACUUUGAUUUAACGCGUCUCUAUUACAACAUAUUCAACGCUUACAUCUUUGUUGCCUUUGGGAUGUCAAACUCUGUUGAUAAUGAUAAAGUUAAAGAAAUAGUUCGUGGUUUUGAAAUUUUGAAUACAUAUUUAGAAAUUAGUGAGUUUGUCGCUGGAGAAAAUUUAACAAUUGCUGACUUUUCAAUAGUGAUAAGCGUUGGACUUGCUGAGAUUUUUGGGUUUGACAUAACAGCUUAUGAUAAUGUUGUUGAUUGGUACAAUCGCUGCAAAGAAGCCCUAGAAAAAUAUGGAUACGAAGAAGUUAAUGCCCCAGCGGAAUUAUUGGGCGAAUGGUUUCGAGCCAAUAGUCAAUAGUCAAUAGCCAAUUUUUAAAAUUUUUAGGUUCUACUUUAUUAAUAAAAUUUUUUUUAAUUUUAUUCAACACUUUACUAUUAAUUGUAGAUU